GAUAUUUUGAUCUUCUUCUCCUACCUUCGUUUCUUAACAGCUUCGAUUCCACGCGCUCCUCCACCAAAUUCUCCGAUGGCGAGUCUAUGGCGGGCCGCGACGGGCCUGACCUUCAAGCCCGACGACCACGACGGCGUGGAGUUCUGGUCAAACCCGGAGCGGACGGGGUGGUUGACCAAGCAAGGCGAGUACAUCAAGACGUGGCGUCGCCGCUGGUUCGUCCUCAAGCAAGGCAAGCUCUUCUGGUUCAAGGACUCGUCCGUCACGCGCGCGUCGAGGUCACGCGGCGUGAUCCCGGUGGCCACGUGCCUGACGGUGAAGGGCGCGGAGGACGUGCUGAACAAGCAGUACGCGUUCGAGCUCUCCACGCGCUCCGAGACCAUGUACUUCAUCGCCGAUUCUGAGAAGGAGAAGGAGGACUGGAUCAACUCGAUCGGACGGUCCAUCGUGCAGCACUCCAGGUCCGUCACGGAUUCCGAGGUCGUCGAUUACGAUAGCUACAAGAACUAGAAGAAGAAGAAAGGCUUUUAGGUUAGUUGUAAUUUCAGCACGUGCAUAAAAAUCUCUCAUUGUUGUUUCUUUUCUGGCUAUAUUGGAUUUUAUUGGGUUUUCUCUUGUGUUGAAUUUGGCUGCUUUGAUUUUUAGGGUUUAAUCCCAAUUUGGGAUUUGUUAUUAAGUUUGAUUUGAUUAGUAUGGAAAGUAUGAUUUUUUUCAAGGAUAAAGAUUACUGCUUUGAUAUA